AUGGCGGAACGUACAGGAAGGAGGAUAAAUACUGUCUGCAUUGAGCUGGUUCGUGGUACAUUAAGUGGUGCUACGAUAAACGUCCUUCUCCCUGGCAUCAUAAGGGAUGCAUAUGGUAUUCCCAAUGAGGAAUUGUAUGGCAUCGCUCUGAAUGGUUUGACAAGAAUCUUUGUGAAAUUUGUACGAGCCGGCUUCUACACGAGAAUCAUCGAGAAUUACCAGGAACAACGUGUGAGUGUGAAUUCAGCGGUGGAUGUCGUUUUGCAUGACGUCUCUAAGUACUUCACAUGGGUGAAGGUACGAAAUGCACCCUACGAGGCUACGGCGUAUGGUCUACAGGAGUUUUUCAGCAGUUAUGGGAAACCGUGCAAUUUGGUGCCUAGCUCUGGUGCUUCGGGAGGAGGGAGGACUGACCUCUGGAGCGAGAAGGUUGAAAGGGAGGUGGCGGCGGCGGAGACGUGUGUCACUCUCCCAGGGGCAUCGGGGGAGACAGCACUGGAGGGACAACAAAACGUAGAGAAAGCCUUGAGUAAGAAAAGACUGGAGCAUGUGGUGGUCGUGGAGGUACACCAGGAGGAUUCGACUGAUAGCGAUAUGUGUUUAAGCGGAAGUUCUAGGAAAAGAACUGCUGUGUCAGAGAUAGACGAGGUCAUCACCCCAGGGCAGAGGCCGGGGAAGAAGUCAUGGGCAGGUGUGGUGGAGCCGAUGGCUCAUAGUGGUAGAGACGAGCCUGAGUUGCACAUUACUUCUGAAAUUUCUAUUUCUGCUUCUAGCAAUGCUGUCACUGCCCCUGGUUUACCUCCUGCAAGUACCAUAACAUAUCCUGAGCUCUUCCCCUAUGCAUCCACCAGUCUCGACACCUCAACCACCAUCUUCACCACCUCAGCUCCCUUCGACUAUACGUCUGCAAGCUUCACACCGAAUGCUACUGUUUCUACUGUUCCUUAUUCAGAUGUGACAACGACGCCAGCACAGGAAACAAGGUGCCAGACGACUGACGACACUGAUGAGGGCAUUCCCAUGUGCCAACGAGAUGUCGACACUAUUAUACAUGAGCUAAACUCACUGAGAAACAAAUACACUGAAGACUUUAAAGAAGGAGAAACCAGUCAGGACAAAGAAAGAAUUACAAAGAAGUACAUGGAAGAUGUCCUGGAGGUACUGGAUAGAUCAGACCCACACAGGUGGACCGGGGUGAAUGAGGUAACCAGAGCUAGAGCCUCCACUCUACUGCAGAAAAGUCUUACAUUUGCUGCCCUCGCCCUCGCCUCCUUCCUCUCGAAUUACACCGUUGACUACAACUCCACGACAUCAGAUUCACUUAUUUCACGACAGAGUCCGAGUUACUUCACGGAUUUGAACAGGAAAUAUCAACAUUAUAAUUUUAAUCACACCAGUAUUGACCCUGCCAAUCAAUUCUACGAAAACUACAUCGACCAUGAGGCCUGGUUGUCAGCGAAGUCCUCAUCAACCAACCUACCUGCACUUUGCCGUACAACGCUGUGUGCACAAGUGCUGCCCAGUGCUCCACUGGCCAUCUUAAUGCAUGAGCCUGAUUUUCGAAUGCCUCGAAAAUGUGUUCAGGCUCAUGACCCCAGCAAGGCUAGUAAUGUGUCUGAGAUUUCGGCCACGUUGCAAGCCAACAGUCCCAUCAUCGGAUCCACUGUUAAAGAACCAUUCACAUGGAAAUCUGCUAGAGGAGCGGCGGUGAGGAUGAAGCUGCAACACAUCUACAGCGGCGACAUCUACCUCCUGGGCCCAGCCACUUGCGUGUGGUGGGACAACCUGAACGACGACUGGUCAGCAGCUGGUUGUUGGGUGGAGGAACAGACUGACCACUACACCCGCUGUGCCUGCGACCACCUGACAGACCUGUCUGUUCUCAUGGAUAUAUAUGGUGUUAUUAGUAAGAAGCAACGUAUUUACCUUCGAUGGAUCAGCAUUAUCGGGUGUUCGGUGUCCAUCGUCUGCCUGACUCUGUGUGUUCUCUGUCUCUCUCUGGUGAUCAGAUCAAAAAAGAAACACGUGGGACAGAGAAUGAACAAGAUUCACCUUCACCUGUGCGUGUGCCUGGGGGUGGCUGAGGUGGUGCUCUUGUCAGGGCUGGACGCCACAACGUACCCCUGGGUGUGUACGUUGGUCGCUGCUCUUCUUCACUACCUCUUCCUCGCUACCUUCACCUGGUCUGCCAUCGAGGCUCUCAACCUCUAUCUUAUGCUUGGCAAGGUUUUCGCUACGAUAAACCCCAUGAAAUACUUCCUGAUGGUUGGCUACGGGUUCCCUCUUGUGUUCGUGUCACUCUCCCUCCUGGCUACUCAAACACAGGGUUACGGAACUUACACAGCAUGUUUCCUGGCACCUGGGAGACACAUGUGGAUCUUCGCUGGACCUCUUCUUCUCAUACUCUUGGUGAGUUUACUCUCUUAUACCUCUUAACUAUUACUAACAACUAACCACGUAAUAACAACAGCAUUAACAACAUUAGCAACAACGAUAACAAUGACAUUAACGGCAACAGCAACAAAAACAAUAAUAUUUAUG